GCUCACUUCCGCCGUGGCUUGGAUUCUGUCGUUGUGUUCUGCCGUGAGUUCGUUGUAUUCUGCCGUGGAGUUGCUUUCUUUUGCCGGUAUCGUGUAACCCUUGGGAUAAAGUUCCGGCAUUGUUGAAACGGAACGCACUAGAUGUCCUAAAUCUCCACGGUUUGCGUCAGACAAGCAGAGAUCAAGCAAUAGACUACGAUGGGACUUCUACCAGUGGCCCUGCUUUUCAUAUUCCUAAGUUUGGGAAUCGCAAAUGAAACGAUUGUUUCCCCCGUAGAAUCAGACGAAGGCCUACCACCUGAGAUUUGCGGGGGACCGCUGACCGGAAAUAACGGUAGCUUCAGUAGCCCUGAAGACGCCGACAACCCGUCAAUCUACAUGACUAACAUCACUUGUUUUUGGCAUCUAAUUAUCCCGGAUGGUAGCGAUGCUGUUAUCUCGUUCAGCAAGUUCAAGACGGAGGGGUGUUGUGACUACGUCAAGUUGACAACACAGGAGGGGGUUCUGAUUGGUCAGUUUAGCGGCAUUACGACUCCGAAUGACGUCAGAGUAAGCAGUGAGACGACUCGAAUGCUGGACAUCGUGUUCCACUCGGACCCGACAGUGGCCAGGCAAGGAUUCACAGCGCAUUAUACCAUCCUCCGGCACGUAGCAACCUCAGCACCUCCGGUGACGGCGCUGCCCGAUGGGUUAUCGCUGGUCAGCACCUUUCAGACGAUUUCCAACGCCCUGUCUAUAAUUAUUCACUCGACUAAUCUUAAUCUGGUUUCAAAGAAUACGUCCGCAGACCAAGUCCUCGAAUUUAAGAAUGACCUGUCGGAUGCGUUGGCCUCUCUUUUGCGACUCAGAAGUGUAUCAUCACAUGCUCCGAGCAAAGACGAACAGAAGCAGAUCAACAUCGCUCUGAAACACCUCAACGCAAGAGCGAAACAGCUGGUAGAGCGCAUGUCAGUUCACGUGUCACCAUCAGUCUGUCGUCUGCCAAAGAAAGUUGGCACGUGUCGAGCUUCUUUUACGCGCUGGUUCUACGACAAGCGUAAUAUGGUCUGUAGAAGGUUUAUCUUUGGCGGGUGCGGGGGCAACAACAAUAACUUUAUGAGCAAGCGGGACUGUGAAGCCCUCUGCAAGCAGGUGCGUCCGAAGCAAACUAGAAACACCAAACCGGUCACGGCUGGUUUAUAGGUACAAACAGUUUGUGACAUCUGAAAGCGUUGGAAAGGGUUGGGCUCGGGCGGAAACAGAACAUUGUGGAAUCGUUUAGCUAGACAUGGUAGACAUGGUUUUGUACAGCAACCAUAUAACUAUUUAGUCCGUGGGCUAGAAAGUGACCUAUGUUGGAGCUUUAGUUUGGGUUGUACUUUUAUAUUAUUAACCAAAUUACGGGACGGGUGACCUUGGGGUACUGCGCUGUACUCUCAUUGCCACUGUAUUAAGAUCAAGACAGUCGUCUGCAUACAGCGACUCCCCAAAAUCCUCCUAACGUCCAGAGAAUACGCAAUGGAAGCAUGAUACACGAGUUUAACAUUUAUUUUUCUUUUCGACCAGCUUUUUGUUUUUGUUUUGUUUUAAUUAGCAAUACAGAGCUUGAUAUACCUAUGUGGAUUAUAUAUAAGCAAAACGAUUAAUCCCCAA